AUGCCUCGGCGCCGACGCCAUCGCCGAGGCAAACGCCUUAUCGGAGACGCUGUUCUCGACACUGGAGUACUUGCAGCAGCAGCAGCCCCCAGCGACAGGAGGAACGGCGACGCAGAGGCCAAAGCCGCUGUCCCUACCUUGCUGCCGUCGAGGUGCGUCCUCCUCUCGGCAGCCGUGCUCCUCCACGACUUUUACUGCUGCCCUGCCUGUCCCGACGGCCGCCUCAAGAGCCCCGAGGAGACGGCGCAGCAGGCGCGUUCCGUUGACGUCUUAUUGAAGAUUAGCAAGGACGUUGCUGUGUUGUCGGAAGAGUUGCUGCUUCUCGUCUCGCGAAGGGAAAGGGGUGGUGAUGACGAUGACAUGGGCAAUGAGCAAAACAACGGUGGCCACCACCAAAACCACAAUCACAAUGAGGGCCAAAGUGGUGGCAGCAGCGACAUUGGAAGGACGCCCGAGUGCGAGGACGAGAUGAACGUCAUCAAGCGGUGCCUCGAGCGGCUGGGCUCGCGGUGGAGGUUGGCGGGGGAGUAUGGGCGGAUGCUGGAGCAGCAGGACUUUGCCAUGAUGAUGCAGGAGAAGGGGCACUCGACGCUGAGGAUCAUAUGA